CAAAGAUUUCGAAGCUUUAUCUAGAAAAGUUGUUUAUUUUAGAGAACGACGAAGACGACAUACAAAUUAAACCAGAGGCGAAUAAACCCUAAUCGGACUUAAAGUGGUUGAAUAUUUACAAAAAACUGUACAUAUAUCCACACGAAACUACGGUUAGAUCAUAAAUCUCAGGAUAAAAAGCUAGGUGUAAUUGUGAUGUCAAAUAUUGCAGAGGCACAGAAGAAAACGACAUGGAGUACCUGGGAGGAACUCCUACUCGCUUUCUCCGUGAAGCGCCAUGGGAUCAACGACUGGGAUGCUGUGGCGUUGGAGCUCCAGAGCCGGAGCUCCUUGCCCGCUCUCCUCACAGCUCAAAUUUGCAGAGAGAAAUAUCGCGACCUCCAACGCCGGUUUACGAACGGCCACGCGGCUGUCGAUAUUGAGGACGGCGGCGGCGACGUCGUUAUUCCGUGGCUCGACGACUUGAGAGAGCUCCGCGUCGCCGAGCUCAGGCAAGAGGUCCAUCGCCACGAUCUCUCGAUCCAGUAAACAGACCUCUGCGUUUUUUUUAAUUCCUUAUACGUGGAAAAUCUUCUGUUCGCGGAUCUGACGAUGAGAUUUGAUCUGAGCAGGUCUUUGCAGUCGAAAGUAAAGCGGAUGCUGGAGGAGAGAGAGCGGAGCAUGAAGGAUGGGCAAGAGAUUGCCAUUGAACCAGAUCUAGCAGAGAGCGGGAAGAAGAAUUUAGCAACCGAUGGGAGGAGCAGCGAUGGAGAUGAAAUAGGAGAGGUCGUCUCCGGCGGGAAUUCUGACCAUGAAAACCGAUCGGUUAACGAGUCGAAUUCCGCUGAGAAUACGGAAACAGAGGACAGGUGUAAACCCGAUCCGGUCCACGCGAAACCGGUCUUGCAGGAAAAGCCGACCGGGGAAGACUCGUGCAUAGAUAGUUUGAACCGGCACGAGAUUUCCAAUACCGGUCGGAAAAGUAACGGUGACGACGUGUCCAAUGACGUGACAAAGGAGGGAGGUGACGUGGAAAGCUCCGCCAACUUCACGAAGAAGCGUCGGAAGCGAGGCGGCGGUGAGCAGACGGUUGCGCCAUCUCCCGCCAUCGUCAUGAAACGGGCCAGCUCGAAUAAAUCAGAGCCGUUGGUUGCUCUUUUAGAUGUUAUCCGGUCGCAUAAGUAUGGCAGGGUGUUCAAGAGACGGCUCCAGAUUCAG